AUGGGGAACUGUUGUGGUAAAACGAAGACACCAGUAUCUAUAAUACAGAAUGACACAAAUAUUGGAACUCCAAGCGCAAAUGACCAUUUAUUUCAAAACACUGAGGAAAUCAGUUUAGGACCUAUGACUGGCUUUUUCCAAAACACAGGAAAAAAUAUACCAGAAGGGAUACAAAAUAAUGUAGGCACUCCCUCAGAAGCUAGCUCUGAUAAUGUCGUCGGUUCUCAAAAGUUUGUUAAAGAAAAUGAUGGUUUGGAAAUAACGGAUGUUCAAUGA